AUGCGUGCCUGGCUCCGCCCUUCCCGUGGACCACCAGCCACUUCACUCAAGCUAUCAACCAUCCCAACCCCAACAAUAACACACGACUCGACCGACAUACUCAUCCGCGUGGCCUACUCGGCUUUACAGUACUCGAGCGAGUUCAUGCUACGCACCCUCCCAGCAAUUCCAGGCCUACCGCCACGGAUCCCCGAGCUCGAGUGGUCUGGUGUGGUGGUGGCAGCAGGAUCCAGAGCGCCAGCCGAGCUACGGGAGAUUGGAGCGCGUGUCGCGGCCUUCCACGCGAUCCCCAACUUUGCACUGUACGGCUACGGCUGUUUGGCUGAGUAUGUCAAGGUUCCGGCGAGUCAGGUUGUUCGACUGUCAGGCGACUUUGAUCUCGUGGCAGCAGGCGGAAUCUCUGGCGCCGGAAGUACAGCACUGAAGAUGAUGCACGCUGCGGGCGUCAGCCAGGGCGACAAGGUCCUCGUCAACGGCGCUAGCUCUUCGGUGGGCUCGGUCAUGGUGCAGAUGUGCAAGGCGAAAGGUAUCACUGUUUUGGGAACGGCGAGUGGUGGGAACGAGGAGCUGGUGCGCGGUCUGGGAGUUGAUGAGUUCAUCGACUACACCGCACGACCGCUGCCAGAGUACUUAUCAGACAAGCACUCAACCCAGCCAUUCGACGCCAUCCUCGACUGCGCCGGCAUCCAAGCCCUCUACACCCACUCACCCGCCUACCUCAAACCCUCCGGCGCAGUGGUCAACGUAGGUUCCUUCGAAGGCUUUCUCGCAACAUUCUCAAACUGGUUCCUCAACGCCUGGCGACCGACAUGGCUCGGCGGGAUACCACGACGCUACAUCAUGUUCAGCACGCCGCCUUCCACGGACGCUACGGCCAUAACGGCAAGACUCAUUGAUGAAGGCAAGGUACGGAUGUUGAUCGAUUCGGUCUGGGAGAUUGAGGAUGUGGUGAAGGCGUACGCGAGGAUUGCUACGAAGAGGGCACGAGGGAAGGUCAUUGUCAAGGUCGGGAAGGAUGGACGUGGAUGUUGA